AGUUUCUCGGCACUGAGGAGCGGUGACGCCACAACUCGCAACAGCCGCCUGUAGUUGAGCAGUUGCCCGCGGGAAGUGGACGAGCAAGGUUGUGUUAUUACGUGAGUGCUAUUGCUGGCUCCUUUGUUUCGCGGACUGUGUCGCGCGUGUCUCUACGUGACUACAGACAGCUAGUACCUGUGCGUUCUUCAAACACACACAUAUCGCCAACUUUUUCCUUAUUUUUCUUUCGGCUUGGUUGUUUAAAACUUAGUGCUGUGCAUUUUUAAUUCUGAACACUGGCAGUGAAAUAUCUGAGGAAAAACUAACGGAUGUGCUGAGACAUCGAAUUAUGGUAGCCGAGUUCGUGGCGCGGCAGAGCGGCUCGCCCGUCAAUGGUGAAACCCCGCAGCUGAACUGCAGCAUGCCUGGCAGCCACGCGCACAACAGCGCCGUCCCCGUGGAGGGCUCGCGGCCAGCCUCGCCCGACCUGGAGCACGGCUUCUCGCCGGGCCCUGGCUUCGACCUGGCCGGCCACCUCAAGCGCAAGGAGCUCUUCUCGCAGCGCAAGCAGCGCGAGUUCAUCCCCGACAACAAGAAGGACGAGAGCUACUGGGACCGGCGCCGACGCAACAACGAGGCGGCCAAGCGGUCCCGCGAGAAGCGGCGCUUCAACGACAUGAUCCUGGAGACGCGCGUCGUCGAGCUCAGCAAGGAGAACCACGUGCUGAAGGCGCAGCUCGCCGCCAUCAAGGACAAGUUCGGCAUCAGCGGCGAGAGCGUGGUGAGCGUGGAGCAGGUGAUGGCGACUCUGCCGACCAGCGAGCAGGUGCUCAACGUGACCAAGCGCGCCAAGCUCGGGGGCGGGCCGCCUCCGCCGCCUCCGCCGCUCAUGUACCCGCCAGUGCCCAGCCCCAUCCCCACGUCGGUGAUCCACCAGCCGGUGGGCGGUGGCUUAGUGUCGCCGCCCGCGGCCUACGCCCGCUACCACGAGCCAGCGCCACAGCCGCCCAUGGAGGCCAGCCCCAUGUCGGAGCCCGAGGCCUACCCCUACCCCUACCCGCUGCCGCCGCUGCACUCGUCUCCCUUCCAGCAGGGCGGUGGCGACGUGCUGAACCUGAGUCGCGGCCGCGCGCCUUCGCCCUACGAGGUGUCCAGCGGCGACGAACACCCUGUGGCGGCCGUCAGUCUGGGACACAGCCUGCCGCACAAGCUGCGCCACAAGCCUCGCCUGGGCGACAAGGACGCGGCCAGCGCGCUGCUGGCGCUGCAGAGCAUCAAGCAGGAGCCGGCGCGCGCCAGCCCGCCGUGGGACGCCGAGGGCAGCGGCGACGAGCGCGACUCGGGCAUCUCGCUGGGGCUGGACUGCGGCGGCGACGAGCUGCAGCUCAAGUCGGAGCUGGCGCGCCUCGCCUCCGAGGUCGCCAACCUCAAGAGCAUCCUCACCAGGAAGAACACUUGUGGCGCCGAGGCCGUGCCGCCGGCGCACUGACGACCCCGUGUUCCUCGAGGGAGCAGGAGCGACCCUGUCCGUCGAGGGCUGGUCGUGUGUUCUGCGCGCGCCUGCAGCCUUGCCAGCAGAACUGUCCAGCUCAGCCUUCUUCAGAUAUCACAUGAUAAGUUGUGAUUAGACGCCGAACAUAAUGAAAUAUCAGACAUUUGCUCCUUGGAAAGUCAGACAUACAAAGUGCUAUGAUAUUUUAUAACUUCAACUGCGUCCGCCAUGACACUUGUUUUCGACAAUUCUGUUGGCAGGUAAGCGUUCAAUGUUGGGGCCACGACAUUUCUACUGCGUAGCUGGCGCGCCUGUGUACAUCCGUCUACAGUCUAUGGUUCCAGUGUGCAAAUCCUACGUGUGAUUGUUUCGUGCUCAUAUAUUUAUUUUAAUUAUUUCAUGCUAUUGUCAUGCUGUAUAUUAUGUUGUGUGUUGUGCACGUGAGUUGCCUUAUCCUUAAUAAUUUUAUAUAUAUAUAUGUAAAAUCCAUGUAAAGGCCUAUAUAAUAUAUGUGCCACUGAUAGCUGAUGUGAUAAGAUGAUAGGAAAUAACAGUAUGUAUUUCUAAGUGUAAUUUUUUAUUUGUAGCCUUUUUUUAGGUAGCUACAUUCAGUGUGCUCAGGUCAUUUGAUUGCGACACGGACAAAUAUGGGAAGAUUUUUCCUUUAAAAUUCUAUUAGGUACACAUUUUAUAAACAUGCUAAACUUCAAAAUAUACCAUCUUACAAUUUUAUAUGAAAUAAAUCUAACUCAGCAUGGAUCGUAAGGAAGUGAGAACAUACGGUGAUAGUGAAUAUGUCGUCUGUUUUCUUUUGCUUGUACUAUAGCUUGUUAGAGCCGUUGCUUCAUGGCCGGUAGACUGAUCUUGUUUCACGUACUGUCCGAACAAACAUCUUGGCGGCUAGCCGUUCUACUAGCCCACCUAUCGGUUUUUUCAAUGUCAUUGUUAAUUGACAUAUCUUCCAAGCUUCGUGGCGGUGCUUAUGUGUGGCUAUCAUAUACAUUUUAAUGAACUUUUCCGUUACCUAACAUGAGCCUGCGAAAAUAACGAACGACACAAUACACAGGGCAUUUUGCAGUCUAAUAGCUAAUGUAAAAUUGACAAUAAAUAAUUUUGAAAAACAUGACCUACCACAAAAAUAUCCUAAUUUAUUUGUUUUGAAAGUAUCUGGUUUAAGUGAUUAUGUUAGUUUCCGUCAUUUUUACGAUGACUUUUUCACUGCUAGGACCUUUGUUCAUUUUUUGAUCUGUGUAUUGACCUGUCGUUCUUUAUCUCUGGAGGCUCAUGUUAGGUGAUGGAAAAUAUUUUUUUGCCUUCAUAUGAUAUUUUUACGGUUAAUCUUAGGUGACAUUCGUGACGGUACGGCUGUUUACAGAGUGUUACAAAAAUAUUAACUAAUAAAUAUUUCCUGUGGCGAUUAAUGCCACGCACCACGAGUUUUCACCCGCAAACAUGUUUGCGCGGACAGUAUCUAUCCAGCACCUUAAAACGGCGCACACUUUUAGCCUUUUCCGGGAUUCGAAUCCAGGUCUCGCACCAAAAGCCAUCGUCCACGCAAACGCACCAUAGGAUUAUCCAGAUGUGAAAUGUAUGUUAUAAGUAUCUACGUGUGUAGAAGCAACAAUAUCAGGGAGAAAAUAGUUUGACUCAAGUCAUAAAUAAUCAGUAUGGUUGUUCAUACUAGCCUUUAAUUGUCAUUAAUACGUAAAGUGAUUGUUCCCAAAUGAUAUGUUAAAGUUGUUAUUUUAUGGAAUAUAUAUAUAAAUAAAGUGCCUGUGCAAACUGCA